AUGUCAGCCAAUAAGUCAGCCGAGGCAGGGCAACAGCAGCUGUUGGAAGAUCGUUUGUUUCGCCAUUUCAAAGGCUGGACUUGGUCAGAACGGGCCCGUGAUACUAGCUCGUGGCUUUGGGACUUUGGCUACGACAUUCAGCGUCACGGCAUUCGCCGAUGGGUCUGCAAGCACUGUAUCCUCAUAAAUCGUCCCAUUGUCGUGAGUUUUGCCUCCUCGGGUCUCCAGAACGCGGCAAACCAUCUAUGGCGUGAACACAAAACCCCAGCGCCAGCGCGAGAGAAAAGGAGCACGGCGCAGCUGAAGUCAGAAGGCGCACUGGAACCGAACCAGCCGACAAUUGCUUCUGCUUUGAAACUGGACGUCGACAAGCCUAGGGAACAGAAUAUCGCGAAUUGCUUCAUCUCACGGUUUGAUAGGCAGCACUUUCAGCGAAUGCUAGUCGAGUUAAUCGUCAGUAGCAACCAGUCCUUCUCCUUCGUCGAGAAUCCCAUCCUGCGAGAAAUCUUCGACUACCUGAGUCCGUCCGUUUCCAUCCAGUGCGCCAACCUGAGUGGCAGUGCUAUUCGAUAUAAGAUCAUUCAAGAGUAUAAUCGCCACAAGCAGACGGUUAUCGAGUUGCUGAGGAACUCCUCUGGACUGCUUCAUUUAUCAUUUGAUGGCUGGACGUCUCGAAAUAAACUCGCCCUGUAUGGGAUUGCCUGCUUUUUCAGAGAUGAGAAGGAUCGGCCAUGCAAAAUCAUAAUUGGGGUUCCAGAGGCUCAUCGUCACUUCGGCUCAACGAUCGGCGGGGAGGUUCUCGACGUCCUACACGCUCUUGGCGUCGGUCCAGAGAAGAUUGGCUAUUUCACGCUUGACAACGCCGAAAACAACGAUACUGCGAUGGAGGUUAUUGGUGCUGAACUUGGGUUCAAUGGCCGACUACGCCGAGGACGCUGUAUUGGCCACACCAUUAACUUGUCAGCCAAGGCGCUCUUAUUUGGCAGAAACAGCGACGCGUUUGAGAAGCAAUUAUCCGGUGCAGAAGCAUUAUCUGAUACCGAAUACGCUCAAUGGCGCAGAAAAGGACCCGUCGGCAAGCUCCAUAACAUCGUUGUUGAUGUGCGCAAUAGUCAUCGGUUAAUUUACUUAUUCAGGGAGGUCCAGAGGGAAGAAAUUGAUCGCGCCACUACCCUCAAACUCCGAUCGAAGAAGCCGCUCAAGUUGAUUAUCGAUAACGAUACGCGCUGGCUGUCACAACUCUACAUGAUUCGCAGGGCUUUGCGACUGAAAAAUUCCGUCGAACUACUACUGAUCAGGUACAAGGCGCAAUGGGAAGACGAGAAUCGGUCUAAAAAGACUGGCCAGGUAACGCAAGCCAAGUUGGCCAAAAAGCCACGCAUCCUCCGAGAUGAGAACCAACUAACAGACAAAGACUGGGAGGUCCUUUACCAUUUGGAGGCCAUUCUGACUGUUUUUGAGACCGUGGUAAAGACACUUGAGGGUGAUGGACACAUCCGUAAGCGUAAGCAAGGCUGGACCGGCUCCUAUGGCAAUAUCUGGGACGUGAUGCUUGGCUACGAGUUACUGCUUAACACACUGGAAGAGUAUAAACAGCUUGCUGCUGGCUUUCCUGACCCAGAGCACUUCCGCAUCGGAAUCAACCUUGCUUGGGAUAAGCUGGACGAAUAUUAUCAACGACUGGACGAGACGCCGAUUUACUAUACAGCUUUGGCACUCCAUCCAGCCUAUCGUUGGGACUGGUUUGACGAAACGUGGUCACAUAAGCCUAGUUGGGUUAAAAAGGCCAAAGAGAUGGUUGCCGAUGUCUGGUUAUCCGAUUACGCUCAUCUUGAGGUUAGAAUUACCAGCAGCAGAGGUGACGACGAGCCACCAGCCAAACGGUCUCGGUUUUUCAACCCCUUCGAGAAGAACAGUCGUCUGCCAAGCUCAACACCAGUCUAUGCAGCAACUAUAAUUGGCGACGAGUAUCAGGCGUGGCAGACGGAUCGUGAGGCUGGCGACGGCAACGUUCGUGAUCCAAUUCGUUACUGGAUCAAUAAGAAAAGCAGAUAUCCAAGGUUAUCCAGGAUGGCCUUAGACUUCCUGACGAUCCAGCCAAUGUCAGCCGAAUGUGAGAGACUGUUUUCAGCAGCUGGCAAGAUGGUCUCCGGAUUGCGUACAGACCUAGAUGCUGAAAUUAUUGCCAUUUGUCAGGUGUUACGCUCUUGGUAUCGCGCAGGCCUCAUCAAGGACCUAGACCCGUUACUUAACUCACAUGUCGAAAGUAGGCUGGAUACGGCCUAUGGGGCUUUAAGCGACAAUGAACUAGCGCGUGCUGAGUCAAAAUGGCUAUUGGAUGGCGAGGACAGCGCCAGCGAGGUUGACGAUCUAGCACAGCGGCAACAGUCUGAAGAGUUAGCCGUAAAGUCUGAAAGUGAGGCCGAAUAG